CCACGUGCGGGGGAGGAGCCGCUCGAAGGUUCGGCCUCCACCACGGCUGUGCCGAUCAGCUCACAGUCGACGACGCUGUUGCUGCGCUUCUUGCGCGUCCUAAAGAACGGCUAAUCACGCUAGUUAGGUAGUGUCAAGUAUUAACUGAGGCUGCUUUACGAUAUAAGCGCAGCGCCUUCGCUUUCUCUCUCUCCGCACCCGCAGACGCACAUAAUUUACAAUGUUUACGUAAACGGGGCAAGCGGUGUCAAGGAGACGGCGCUGAUUACGUAAGCGAGGGAAGGUGAGGAAGCGUCGAUGGAGCGGCCGGAGUUACGUAACAUGCGCACGGAGAAGAGGAGCUGUGAGAUUGUCAAAGUCAUGGAAGAGGAGGUGCCUUCAUCUUUGUUCUUCCAGCAUAAGUACAUGUGUUCAGAGUGUGGACUUCUCUACAACACUUUGGAGGAGGUGCUGAUCCAUCAGCAGACCCCACAGAGCCAUCUAGGGGAGCCCUAUGAACCUGCAGCUGCUGCCACUGUUGUAGACACAGGGGCCCAGCAGGACAACCGCUAUCAGUGUCUGGAGUGUGGGUGUGUCCUGUUGUCACCUGAUGAACUGCUAGCCCACCAAGAAGUGCAUCCCAGAGAGGUGCCAACCCGGCUCCAGCCUCCACCAGCUACCACUGGACAGAUCCGUUACCAAUGCAAUGAGUGUAAUGAACUCUUUCCAUCUACUGGCCUAUGGCUAGCACAUCGCCAAACACAUCUGAAGCAAGAGGCUUCAACCGCCUCCCACCCGUCAACUCCACCACCCUCCCAGCCAGUUUCCCCACCACCCUCUGAGGCAUCAUAUCCUCAGCUAGUUCCAUUCAUGCAUCCCUAUGAGUGUACAGAGUGUUCCUGUCUCUUCCCAACACCUGAGGAACUGUUGGAGCAUCAGGGUGAACACUUUACUGAGAUUGAGAAAGAGAGCGGGGAGCCAUCUGAGGCCACCACACAGGAGAUUUGCAGUCAACAUGCAUCCCCACUGCCAUGUCAUCAGGAACCCCCAGCAGCGCCUCCACCUGCUCAGGCUUUCUGUUGCAGUGAGUGUAAGCAGGCUUUUGUUACAGUGGAGGCACUACGGAGGCACCAGCAGGAGCACACAGCAAGCAGUGAAGAGUUUCUCUGUGGUGAGUGCCAGCGUGGCUUCACAACAGCCAAGCGGCUGUUGGCUCACCAGCGAGUGCAUGUGGACGGCACAUAUGAAUGUCCCAACUGCAACAAGAUCUUCAAAAAGGCGGCAUCCCUUGAGCAGCACAUGCGCAUUCACAAAGGAGAGGCACUCUACCUCUGCGUGGACUGUGGGCUUGGCUUCUCUACCGAGAUGACCUUGAUCAUGCACCGAAAGAGCCAUACUGCCAACCCCCUACACCGCUGUCACUGUGGCAAGACUUUCAGUAAUAUGACCAAGUUCCUUUACCAUCGACGCACACAUGCUGGCAAGAGUGGGAUUCCACCUAUUCGUGGGGCAGGGGAUCAUGCACCCAGCCAGCCUCCUGAGCCAACACCAAAUGGUGGAGAGUUGGUUGUAAAUGGCUCAGUCUCUAUCCCCUCCUCCUCCCCACCAGGGACAUCAGAAGAAGUGCCCAGCGCUGGGUUCCUGUGCCCUCAGUGUGGAAAGGCAUUCUCUACUCACAUCCGGAUGGUUCGGCACAAGCGAGUAGUGCACGUUCUAGAGCGCAAGCACAAAUGCCCCACAUGUGGCAAAAAAUUCAAGAAGCUGGUGCAUGUGCGGAACCACCUGCGGACACACACCGGUGAAAGGCCAUUUCAGUGCUCAGAGUGCGGCAAGACCUUUGUUUCUCAGGCUAACUUGGCACGACACCAUGUGACGCACACUGGAGAACGCCCCUACCAGUGCCAGGUUUGUGACAAGCGUUUCACCCAGUCCUCCAACCUUCGCCAGCACCGCCUCUUGCACAUGGUACCAACCGGAGAGGGACCUCACUCAUGUGAAGACUGUGGUGUAGCCUUUUCCCGAGCCCACCAGUUGGCUCUGCACCGGACUGUGCAUACCGGGUGCUUGCCCUUUCCUUGCCCAGACUGUGACAAAUCCUUUCCACGCCGUCGUCUGCUGGAACUUCACCGGCUUACCCAUUCUGGGCAUGAGCCCCAGUGCUGCCCAGAUUGCGGGGCUCUCUUUCUGCUGCCUUCCAAGUUGCAGGAGCACCGCUGUACCAAGCGACGUGACCAGGCAACGGCACAGUCUUUCCUCUGCAUGUCUUGUGGCAAGUAUAUGGGCUCACUGGCCAAGCUUGCAGUACACCAGCUGGUACAUUCAGGUCAGUGUCCUUACCUUUGCCCACUCUGUGGGAAAGCCUUCACCACUCCCAAUGGGCUGAGCCGGCACCAACAGCGCCAUGCUGGCCUGCGCCCUCACAAGUGCUCUGUUUGUGGCAAGGCAUUCGUGGCAGCUUCUGGGCUUCAGCUGCACCAGCGCAUCCACACAGGUGAACGCCCUUUUCCCUGUCCAGACUGUGGCAAGGCUUUCCGGCAGGCUACCCACCUGCGGGAGCACAGGCGCCUUCACACUGGGGAGCGUCCCUACCGCUGUCCAGACUGUGGCAAGGCUUUUGUGCAGUCCAUGCACCUUGCUGAGCACCGGCACAUCCACACUGGGGAGCGCCCCCAUGCCUGCCCCCUCUGCCCCAAGACUUUCAAGACUCUUUCCAACCUGCGAAGUCAUCGCAAGACACAUACUGAACUGGCUGCUGGCCAGGAUGCAUGUCAAUCUGCUGGGUCUCUUGUGGCUACUGGCCAGCCCACCCAAAUUAUCAUGUGCACUGAGAUUGGAGAGACUAUUGCUAUCAUUGAGAGUGCUGAGCCCCUCCCUUUGGUGGAAACAAUAGAAAUCUAUCAGACUACCCUAGAAGGCAACAUCUAGGUUAAUACCUUUGUAUAGAAGCUGAGCAGCCCUGAUCUCUUCUUAGUUCAAAGGCCCUAUACACGUCAGGAGGCAGCUUUCUUUCUUCCAUGCAUCAGUUUAGCUUGUUUCCACCAGUGGAUCCUGCCUACCAAUCUCAGUGCUCUUAUGGAACCUGUUCACUUUGGUGGUGGGGUCUAGCUUCUAACCCCAUCUGGAGGAUUUUUUUUGGCAGGAGCUGGUGCUGUGAAACAGAGUUAGACCAUCCAUCUCUGCUACAACCUCUACAUUUAUUGUAAAUUAAAACAAAAAGUUCUGUUGUA